AUGAUUAAAUAUUUACAUAAAUUAGGACAUAAGGGAACAGAAAGAGCAAUUGAUUUUGCUGUUGAAAAUGGACACAUUGAAGUAAUUAAAUAUUUACAUGAAUUAGGGUAUAAAGGUUCAGAAUGGGUAUUUGAUUCUGCUGUUGAAAGUGGAAAUCUUGAAAUAUUAAAAUACUUGCAUGAAUUAGGGUAUAAAUGUACAGUAAGGGCAAUUAAUUGUGUUGCAAAAAAAGGAAACCUUGAAAUAUUAAAAUACUUGCAUGAAUUAGGGUAUAAAGGUACAGCAUGGACAUUUGAUUAUGCUGUUGAAAGUGGAAAUCUUGAAAUAUUAAAAUACUUGCAUGAAUUAGGGUAUAUUGGUACAGAUUGUGCAUUUAAUUGUGCAGUAAGUAAACAGAUUUCACAUGAAUUAGGGCAUAAAGGUACAGAUAGUUACCUUGAAAUAAUUAAAUAUUUACAUGAAUUAGGGUAUAAAGGUUCAGAAAGGACAUUUAAUUUAGCUGUAUCGAUAUCCUUCCGUACUGUGGACGAUGAGUUCCAAAUUAAUGAGUAUUUUUGCAGAUUUUAUGUGGCAGCUACAACUAUAAGCAAGGAUCUGUUUUUGAUUAUGAAAAACGUCUAUCUUCGUUCCAGUACUGUUGGGAACAAUGAUAUAAUUGAGCUGUUGCCAUGUAUUCUGAAACAGCUGGCUUACACAAACUUGUUCUUUAUCAAGAAAACAGAACCCAUUAUGUUCAAUGCAGAGCUCACAGUUUAA